UCUCUUUCUUCUGUGUGUGUUGUUUGAAUGAUCUUUCCUUCUUCCAACACACAUUAGAGGAGCUUGUUAUGAUGGAUUCCAUGAAACGGAGAACAGAAACAAGAACAGAGGCAAAGCAACAGCAGAAUCAAGAAUGUGCGACUACUUUCCUGAAUGAGGGUAUCCUUAUGCUUCUCUCUGGCUGGCAUGCCCUUCAAAUGGCCGUCAACAACCAAUGGGGUGGCUCUGACUCCCUCCAGAAAUCCCACCACCUUGCUUCUAAUCUUUUCUCUUCCUUAUCCAAAUCCUAUGCACCCGUUCCUGUUGAAGAUUUGGAAAAUCUGCUCCAUGAAUGCAUGUUGCUUACAUUUAACACAGAGAUAGAAGAUGGCAGUAUUGAACAGGUAGCAGAACAGUUGGUGGGUAUCCAUGAAGAAUACUUGUUACGACAGUCAUCUCUUCAUAUCUGAAAGAGCAUUAUACUCAGAAGCAGAAGCAGUCAUAGGUGCCUAUUCUGUGCUAUAAAUGUUUCAGAUAUAAUAUUCAGUCGCAAACCAUUCUUCACUUUUUCUCACUUCAGUGAAAAUAACAGGAAAGUCUCAAACAUAUUACGUUUUCUUUUAUGCACAUGUAAGAUUUUGUUACUUGAAUGGGAAGAAAUGGAUGGUCACUCUCAUUUGACUACUCUAUUGCUGAAGUGUUUCUACAACAAGGAGUGUCUUAAAAGGGGAAUGAAUCUCACAUGGUUGAUUUAGACCUUUGAUGCUGAAUUAGUGAAUUGCAGGGGACUACAGUGGCUAACUAGCUUUCUUUUUUGGUAUUGCUAUGGACUUAACCCUUUAUUCAGUGUUGAUCCCCUGAUAAAGUUGAAGUUGGUGAAGGAAAUUUCAUUAGUGAGUGAGGCUUUCAAGGAGGCCAUAGUCAACAUUGAAGUGGAAGAGAAAUUCU